UUCGCGGGUUUCCAAAAGAUGACGUAAACGCGUCGAACUAGCAGCGUGAGCGCGUCACACGCACGUCAUUCAAAAUGGCGACACUCACGUCCUUGAUGCUGAAGUCCAGAACAUGCAUUCUGCUGUCAAGCCAAACACCCACAGUAGUAUUGACGAGAUUUGCUUCAAAGAAGUCAGGAGGAAGUAGUAAAAACCUCGGAGGGAAUAGUGCUGGCCGCAGAUAUGGUUUCAAGAAACAAGAUGGGAACUUUGUACAUGCUGGCAACAUACUCGCAACACAGCGUAAAGGGCUGAUGCGCUGGCAUCCUGGAGCACAUGUUGGUAUUGGAACCAAUAAAACAAUUUAUGCCCUUGAGGAUGGUAUUGUCAGGUUCACCAAGGAAGUGUACAUUCCUCCACCACGAAGUGCUGAAGCCCGCGAUGUGAUCCCAAAACUUCCCAAGGGUGCAAUUCUCUACAAAACAUUUGUCAAUGUCAUACCUACAAAACAGGAGAAUACAUUUAAACUAGUGGAUAUGGUAUGAAAAGACUUGCCAUAACUUUUUCUCAAACUACACUUUGAUCUGGAUUUUUCAGAUUGGUACACCACUGCUCGAUUCUGAUGUUAUAUAAAAUGUAUUUGUAUUUAUGCAGUUAAAUCCUACUCUAAUAAACAUUUUUACCAAAUA